GGAUGUGGUUGAGCUCUCGCUCCACCCAGUUUCACCCUUUGCUCCGGAAGUGCUGUCGGCUCGAGCUGCUGCCACUGCCUGUUCCGAGUCGAAGAUGUCUGAAGUGGGGAAGCAGGAGAUCAACUCCAUCUUCAAGCGUCUGCGAUCCAUCCCCACCAACAAGGCCUGCUUUGACUGUUCAGCCAAGAACCCAACCUGGGCGAGUAUAACCUAUGGCGUCUUUCUCUGUAUUGACUGUUCGGGGACGCAUCGAUCACUUGGUGUUCACUUGAGUUUUAUCAGAUCUACAGAACUGGAUUCUAAUUGGUCCUGGUUUCAGCUAAGAUCUAUGCAACUUGGUGGAAAUGCAAAUGCUAAUGCUUUCUUCCGUCAACAUGGUUGCAACACCAAUGACACAAAUGCAAAAUACAACAGCCGUGCUGCCCAACUUUAUAGAGAGAAGCUGAGAUCACUGGCAGUUGCUGCAACCAGAAAAUAUGGGACCAAGCUGUGGAUUGAUGAUACAGAAAAUCCAUCUCUAUCGCCUACGAGUAAAGAUGAAGACUUCUUUGCCUCACAUACUAAUUCAGCCAGAAUGGAGUCAUCAGAUCAGACCUUUGAUUCUGCCCUUCUAGAGCAGUCCUCACCUGAAGACACAAAGCAAGAAGAAAAUGAUAAUGAGCCUGCAUAUGGACCGAAUGUUGAUUGCCUCAGUAUCUCCCCUAAGGAAGCAUUAGCUGACUCAAUGAAUUUAGUUUCUGCAGGAGUCACACCUAACAAAGAAGUAAAGUCCUCUAUCAUAACAAAAAAGAAGCCUACUGCAGGAAAGAAAAUGUUGGGGGCUAAGAAGGCUGGUUUAGGGGCACAGAAAGUAACUAGCCACAGCUUCAUUGAAAUUGAUAAACAGGCUCAGGCUGCAGACCGAAUGAAAGAACAGGAAGAUUUGAACAAGAAGAAAAUUGAGAAAGAAGAAUCAAUUGUUUCAUCUCUUCGACUUGCAUACCAAGACUUGGAAAUACAAAGAAAGAAAGAAGAUGAGAAAUUGAACAGGUUGGAAGGCAAGAAGAAAGAGCAAGCAGAGCGACUGGGCAUGGGCUUCAGUAGCAGAGCGGGAGUUUCCCAUUCUGUAUUAUCAGAUAUGCAAACUAUAGAACAGGAGACACCCACUAUUGCAAAAUCUUCCAGGAGAAAGUAUGAUGAAGAUGAAGAGCUUACUUUUACUACUACUCAUUCCAGAUAUUUUGAUGAUCCACUGGAUAUGGGAGGUACAUAUUCAAAAUGGGAUGACAACAGUGAUUCCUUUUGGAAAACAGAAAGCAACAGCAGAGAGAAGGACAUAUUUACUUCAAAAAUAUCACUAAAUGACAGGCCUGCACGUCGUAAACCAGAAUUGGACUAUGUAGUAGUCUCCGAGGAUGCACAGAAGAAAUUUGGGAAUGUCAAAGCCAUUUCUUCAGAUAUGUAUUUCGGAAAACAGGAUUCUGCAGAGUAUGAAGCCAAAACUCGACUGGAACGAUUUGCUGGAAGUUCAUCUAUUAGCUCAUCUGAUCUAUUUGAGGGUGAAAAGAAGCAAGCGUCAGCAAACGUGUCUCUGACCAAUGUGCUACCAUCAGCUCCGGACAUGGCACAGUUUAAGCAAGGUGUUAGAUCUGUGGCUGGGAAGCUGUCUGUUCUGGCCAAUGGAGUGAUGAAUUCCAUUCAGGAUCGAUAUGGCUCCUAACUGGAUAUGAACCUUAUAAUUAGAUGAAUAUUAAUCUUUUCAGAAGUGAUUUACAUUUGGAUGUCUAACACCACUGAUUAUCAAAAUAUUUUGAAAGAAUAUUCAUUUGAGAUGGAAACCUUUUGCAACAUUUGGGUGUUUAAAUUGCAUCUGCUGACAUCUAUAUCUGCUCCUACCACUUGAGUUUUCCCAGAGUCACUGUCUCAGGUAAUACUGUGCUUUAAAUAAAGAGGGAAAAAAAACUCAGAACUAGGAGAAGGAAAUUAUUUUUCAGUCACUAGAAUGCGAUUUUUAUUCUAGUUUAAACUAGGCAGAAAAGUAUUAAAUAUCUAGAACUUUAGUUAGUUUGGGAAAAGGGUGCAAUAUUCAAUUUUUAAAAAGCUAUACAGAUAUACAUUACAAUAUGGAUAAAUCCCACAGCUUUAAAGAAGUGCUCUUAUGAAUUGGGUUUUGCUUCCUGCUUAAAGAAAAGGUGUUUGUGUAAUUAAAACACUAUACUGAACUCUGAGAAAGUGAGUGUGCAGUUUCUUGAAUGAAUUGUUUACUGGAACAGAUCACUUUUUGGGGUCUGUUAAGCAAUUGUAAUAUAGAAUUGUUUAUUGGUACUUUGAACAGAUGAUUAUAUGCCAAAAUACACUUGUUAACUUUUAGAAGUCUGUAGUCUGUAGAAAAAUGAAAUGUGGAUAUUGAACAGCAUGAAGGUUUCAGUACACCGUGUUGGGAAGGUGAUCAUUUCUGUUAUUAGCAGAAACCUGUGAGGUGUACUAGUGGGGAAACCAAUUAUUUCUACUCAUGGGACCAAUUAAAUAAGUGUAAAUGGUAAUAUUGCUGUAGUUAUAUAUGUAAUGAACCUUAAUUUUUGAAUCAUUAUGUUUAAAUUGCACACUUCCUGCAGCAAAAAACUGAAUUGAGAAAUGUAAAUGUAUUUCUAAUAAAAAAAAAAGCACAUUUGCUUCAUAAGUGGGUUGAUACUGAAAUUGAACUAAAUAGGAAAUGUAAGCAAUAAAUGAAUGAUUCCGGUAAGAAUUCAACAAUGGCUCUUGCACAUAUAUUCUUGAAUUGUCUGAAGUCCAUUGCUUGCAGAGGUAUUAUACAUCAUCUAAAACUGGUGGCAAGCUAUUUAAACAGUAUAAAGUAACUUUAUAAAACAGUGUAAUUACUUGAAAAUAAGGGAGAAAAUGUUUUCUAGUUGUUAAAAUAAAAUUCUCCCCGGGUUGUGAAAUAUUAACUUUAAGCUGAAUCAAAGGAAAAAAAUUGAGGAAAACAUGUAAAACAGCAUCUUUACCAAUAAAAUGUUAGUGUUUGCAAAUUACCAGUUGCAUCAUAGCACUGAGGUGAAAAUUGUGCUGAAUCUGGACUAUCAGCUGAAGAAUAAAAUAUUUUGUUCUUUCUUA